AUGCGUCACUUUAACGGAAAUGAUGAGCGGACGCAUCACAAGGCUCUAUGUGUGUUUGCUGAUACAGAUGCAGUGGAGUCAGUGUCAGUGCUGGAGGGAGAUUCAGUCACUCUAAACUCUGAUCUUAAUGAAAUGAUGGAUGAGGAUCUUAUUCUGUGGAGGUUUGGAUCUGAAAACACUGUGAUAGUUAAGAUCAAUGUAAUAGCCGGCAGCAUCACUGUAUAUGAUGAUGUUCUUGAUGAGAGAUUCAGAGACAGACUGAAGCUGGAUUAUCAAACUGGAUCUCUGAUCAUCACAAACACCAGAACUGAACACACUGGACUCUAUAAACUACAGACCAACAGUCUGAGCAAAAGUUUCAGUCUUACUGUCUAUGCUCGUCUGCCUGUUCCUGUCAUCAGCAGAGACUCUUCACAAUGUUCUUCUUCAUCAUCAUCAUCAUCAUCACAGCAGAAUUGUUCAUUGUUGUGUUCAGUGGUGAAUGUGGGUCAUGUGACUCUCUCCUGGUACAAAGGAAACAGUUUAUUGUCCAGCAUCAGUGUGUCUGAUCUCAGCAUCAGUCUCUCUCUACCUCUGGAGGUGGAAUAUCAGGAUAACAACACCUACAGCUGUGUGCUCAACAAUCCCAUCAGCAACCAGACCACACAUCUGGACAUCAGUGAACUCUGUCACACAUACGUCCACAUCCAGUGUUGUGCUACAGUUGAAGCUGUGAUCCGAUUGGUCGUCACUGUUCUGAUGGGCGUGGCUGCUGCAGCUGCUGCUGUUCUUCUGGUCAAUGACGUCAGAUCUGCUAGAGGUUAA